AUGUUUAAGUUCAAAAACAAAUUGAAAUUUGGUGCUUCAUCUUCUGAGAAGCAGCUGACUCCCACCGCAACAACAGAUACACCAACAUCCUCACCUGCACCUCCGUCACCAUCAACUCAACACAGUGGCACUCCAGGAAAAGACAGUCCCACUCCAAGACAAUCAACCGAUUCAAGAAAUACAAUAUCAGUCAACAAUUUAGCUGACGAUGUUUCCAAAUUGACGGUUGCUGCGGAUAGGUCGCCGGAAAAAAGCUUAGGCUCCAAUAGUAAACCCGGUGGCGACCCACCUUUAUCCACAACUGCCACCGACACCACCUCCAACUCAUCGUAUAGGGCUUCACCUUCAUCAUCACAAGCAACUUCUUUAUUGGGUCAAGCCUCGACAGGGUCGGACCAGCUGACCCAGGCGGCAUCACCGGGGCUAUUAACUGUUAAAAUAUACGGGUCCCAGAACAUUCAACUUCCCAUAAAGAUUAACAACACCAAACAGAUAUUGCACGCAUUAGCGAUCAAUGCAAAUAACGAAAGUGUUGGCCAGAAAUUGCUAAAAAAUUUGUCUGCAUUGGAAAAAGAGAACACGGAAAUUGGCGAUUACUUGCCAGGGUCAAUAGCAACCAACUUUCUCCCUUCGAUUAUCACUAUCCCGAACGCUGAAAAUAUGGUAAAAUCGCUACUUUAUUUGACUAUUGAAUUUGACAAUAAUGUAUUGGUCAUUGAGCCACAACGAGGUACGGUUAACCAAUCGACAUGGAAUCAAGUCGUCUCAUUCGAUGUCUCUAAAAAAUCCCAACAGGACAAUGGACAUCAGACGAUGGGGUCCAAUUUUUUAAAUCUUAAUUUGUUUAUUAGAUUACCCAACAUGUUGAUACCCGAGAAUGAGAAAACCAGUAAAAAGCAUUUGUUUACAAAUUUCCAACAAGGCCAGGGAGCAGGCGGUGAUGGUGGGAACAAUAUUGGAGACUUGUUGAUUGGAACCAUCAAAUUACCUUUGAAUCUUAAAUGCCACACUCAACAAAUCAGGUUGAUGAACCAUGAAUACUUGAAGUUUUCCAAUUUCAAUGCUGGUUUACAGGAUCUUGUUUCAAAUGAUAUGGGUGAAAUCAUGCUCACGAUAGAGUUCAAGCCUUUGACUAAAAAACGCCUUUCCAUUGAAGAUUUUGAUUUAUUGAAACUUCUUGGUAGAGGAUCAUUUGGGAAAGUUAUGCAAGUUGUGAAAAAAGAUACCAAACAGAUUUAUGCAUUGAAAAUUAUUCGUAAGCAACAUAUUGUGUCAAGACUGGAGGUUACUCAUACGUUAGCUGAAAGAACUGUUUUGGCAAGAAUCAAUAACCCAUUCAUUGUGCCGUUAAAGUUCUCGUUCCAGUCUCCGGAAAAGUUAUAUUUGGUGUUAUCCUUUAUCAAUGGGGGUGAAUUGUUUUGGCACUUGCAACGUGAAGGUAAGUUUUCGAUGGACAGAUCACGGUUCUAUAUUGCAGAAUUGUUGACAGCUUUAGAAAGUUUACAUGAAUUGAAUGUGAUUUACCGUGAUGUGAAACCAGAGAACAUUCUAUUGGACUAUCAAGGACAUAUUGCCCUAUGCGAUUUUGGAUUGUGCAAACUAAACAUGAGCAACGAUGAUAAAACCAACACAUUUUGUGGAACACCUGAAUACUUGGCUCCCGAAUUGUUGUUAAAUCAAGGUUAUACAAGAAGUGUCGAUUGGUGGACUUUGGGUACCCUUUUGUAUGAAAUGCUUACCGGGUUGCCACCGUUCUACGAUGAUGAUGUGCCUACAAUGUAUAAGAAGAUUUUACAAAACCCAUUGAGAUUCCCUGCGUUUUUGGAAGGAACCGAUGCUCAAGACUUGUUAAUUAAAUUGUUGCAAAAGGAUCCAAGUAUGAGAUUGGACGAGGCAUCAGAAAUAAAAAGUCACCCUUUUUUUAAAGAUAUCGACUGGAACAAGUUAUUGAACAAGAGCUAUUUGCCACCAUUCAAACCUAAUGUGGAGAAUUUAUUAGACACAUCUAAUUUUGAUCCCGAUUUCACCAACGAAAAGCCUCAAGAUUCAGUUGUCGAUGACUUCUUGACUGAAAGUGUUCAGAAACAGUUUGGCGGAUGGACAUACAAUGGUGACAAUGUUUUAUAA